CUUGAUACUGGCGGCAGGAAUGGCGGCUAAGAUUACUAGAGGAAGGAGCCCAAAGACCAUGAAACUUUACUUCUAACGGCCCAGCAGAGGAAUUUGUUUCCAGCUAACCACAGAGGCGCCAUCCCAUAACGGAUUAACGGGAGGAGUAGUCCUAAUCCGUUAGAUUAACGAGGAGUUGAGGAGUGGGACGCAGUAGUUAGCUUACCGCUGACUUUGAUUCAAGUGGGAUCAGACGACAGAGCGCGUUGUGAACAUUAUCACUGUUAGCUGGUGCUGCAGGAAAGCUAGCUAAGUUGGGAUCCUGAAGUCUCGCCCAUUUUCUGGAUCCUGCCCCAGCCAUUGGCUUAAGAAGGGCUAAUCAACAGCCAAGUAGUCUGGUUUUCAGGGGUCGACUCGUGCUGCCAUGGAAAGUCUAACGCUGACUGAUAUCGAGCAGAAAUAUUACUCGGAUUUGUUCGUUUACUGCGACACGGACAACACCAAAAAAGUAGCGUCUAAUGGGAGAGUUCUUGACCUUUUCCGGGCGGCCCAGCUACCCAGCGAAGUUGUCCUGCAGAUCACAGAGCUCUGUGGAGCCACUCGGCUGGGUCACUUCGGGCGGAGCCAGUUCUACAUCGCUCUGAAGCUCAUCGCCAUCGCCCAGUCAGGUCUGCCUCUGAGGGUGGAGAGCCUCAACUCUGUCAAAGACCUGCCGCUGCCCAGGUUCGUGGUGGGGAAGAACGAGGCGGAGGCGAGGCACGCGGCGCUGUACCAGGACACAGAUAGUCAAGGGCUGUACCCGGCAUCCGCCACCGCAGUAAUACCCAGACCACCAGGGCGGGGGCACCAGAACAAGAAGGGUCCACCGACAACCACUGCACAUCCUGUCCAUGAAGUGAUCCAACCUCUGGCUCCCAGUGUAGAACCUCAGCCCGAGCCAACAUCCCCGGUGGUCUCCCCUCACCAGUCUCCCCCCACCUCCCCUCACUCGUGGAGGAAACACAAGCGGCAGCACAGCGGAGGAAACGCAGACAGACCGCCAGCGGUGGCUGCGACUGGAGCAGUGUGGACGCAGUUCAGAGAACCUCAAGCGGCUCCAGUAGCAGCUGACGGCAUGUGGUCGUCUCAUUCGCCCCCGCCUCCCAGUCAAGAGAGUUGGGUCAGUUUCACAGCGGACACCCCGCCAUCCAGCGCGAUCCCAGCCAUGCAUCCCUCGUCAGUCCAGGAAAGCACAACGAUACGAACGGUGGCCUCAGCAGCAACAACCAAUGAGAUCCAGAGACAGUCCAGCGGCUAUGACGAUCCAUGGAAGAUCACAGAUGAGCAGAGACAGUAUUAUAUUAACCAGUUUAAAACCAUCCAAUCAGACCUCACAGGCUUCAUACCGGGUUCAGCCGCAAAGGAGUUCUUCACCAAAUCAAAACUACCGAUUUUAGAGUUGUCACAUAUUUGGGAGCUGUCAGACUUUGAUAAAGACGGAGCUCUGACCUUAGACGAGUUCUGUGCUGCCUUUCACCUGGUCGUGGCCAGAAAGAACGGCUACGACCUUCCUGAGAAGCUGCCCGAGAGCCUGAUGCCAAAGCUGAUUGACCUGGAUGACUCAGCAGAGGUCCCAGAGUCGACCGCCGACGUCGGAUACUCGGGCUCCCCGGUGGAGGUCACCCCCAACAAAUCUCCCUCCAUGCCUUCACUAAACCAGGCCUGGCCCGAGAUGAACCAGAGCAGCGAGCAGUGGGAGACGUUUAGCGAGCGCUCCUCCAGCUCACAAACUCUGACCCAAUUUGACUCUAACAUUGCACCAGCUGACCCUGACACAGCCAUCGUUCACCCUGUCCCCAUCCGGAUGACACCCAGUAAGAUCCACAUGCAGGAGAUGGAGCUGAAGAGGACCGGCAGCGACCAUAACCAUCCCACCAGUCCGCUGCUGGCAAAACCUCCUGAAAUGCCUGAAGAAACCAAACUACCUGCCUCCAUGAAGUUUGUAGCUGCCAACACUGUAGGUGAUGGCUACAGCAGUUCAGACUCCUUCACCUCAGACCAGGAGCCAAUUACAAGACAAAGGUCUCAGUCUGGUACGUCUCCAGAGGCUCUGAAAGUGGUAGCCGCCCCGCCUCCACCUCCGCCUCGCCCCCACCCGUCUCACUCUCGCUCCUCGUCUCUCGACAUGAAUCGCACCUUCGCUGCCACGUCCGCACCAGGACAACCUCAAUCCUCUACAAUAGCGUACCCCCCCGCUGUGCCUCCUCGACCUCUGCCCACACAGACGUCGUUGCCUCACAGCGCGCUUCGUUCUGAGGCUGAAGGUGCACCAGGAGCAGGGCCGGUCCUUACAGCCACAUCCCCUAAUCAGAUUCCACAGCAGCCUAACUUUGCAGACUUCAGUCAGUUUCAGGCAUUCGCUGCAUCUGAACAGCCUUCCAGUCUGCCGGAUGUGGACGUUCACAGUGAGCCUGGACAGACUGAGAAACCACCAGAGGGAGCUGGCCCUUUAAGAACAGUGAAGAGUGAUGGCCAAGCAGACGAGAGAGCCUCAGCUACUGUCAACUCUCAGGCCAAGGGAUCCUCUGGUCCGAUCGCACCUCCUCCUAAACCUGUGCGCCGCAGGUUGAAAUCUGAAGACGAGCUGCGGCCAGAGGAUGAGCAACACGGGCCGCAGAAAUCAAACGUCAUAGCAGCUGUUCUGGCUACUCAGCCCUCCAUCCCCAGGUCAGUAGGAAAGGACAAAAAGGCGAUUCAAGCCUCGAUUAGAAGAAACAAGGAGACAAACACGGUGUUGGCACGACUCAACAGUGAACUGCAGCAGCAGCUGAAGGACCUGCUUGAAGAGAGGAUAUCUCUGGAAGUGCAGCUGGAGCAGCUCAGACCGUUCUCUCACCUUUAACCAACAUGAAGAGGAAAACUCUGCAGUAGUUUUUCAUCUGAAGCAUCGCUGUGUGAAUCCCUCUCUCCCUCACCCUUCCACCAUCUCGGAUUUCCCCUGAAGGAGGCUCAAGACCCUGCUGCAGGACGCUCCGUUAAAACUCUCCAAACCCGCUCGAUUACACACCUUAUUAAUCAUAAACCAGAUGGACCUGAGAGCGCCGUCUCGCAGAGAAGAUGUGACUCAUGCGUGGAGGGGGGAUUUACGAACUGGCACUUUUUGGAUUUCCUCAAAAGAGAGGCGAAACGUGAGGACGACGGGCAAACCGAGGAACAGUUUGGAGUGUCAGACGAGAAGCUGCAGGUUUGGUCUGAAGACAAACUGCUGGUGUCUGAUUAUUUUACUCUGAGUGACUGAAGAAGUAAGGUGGAGUGUGUUUGUAAUGUGCGUGGGCCUGUGUGUGUAUUUUGGCUCCUGUUCAGUGAUUUACAUGAGGUUAGCAGCCCGUAUGUUUGUUGUCUCUCGGGGUACAGACUCAGCCACACCAAACUUCUACUCAUAAUCACACAAGUUUAGAGACAGCUCAGUCUUUUCAGUGAUAGGCCACUUCCUAGAGAUAUGAUGGGAUGAUUCAAAUUCAUGAGAUGAAGGAUGAACCGUGAUACCCUUUUCAAACAGCAGAGGGCGACGUCUCCCUUUCACUUCUUUGAUUCAACGUCAGAACACCUCUGUUAUGUUGGCAGCAUUUUGCAGUUCAGGAUUCGCUUGCACCAGCAUGCCAAAGUAUGUUUCCGCACUGUUGUAGCUUUUCGCUUUAUUCAACCCCACAAUAUUCUUUUUUUUCAUUCACUUCUGAUAAACUAUCUCUCUCUCUAUACUUCUCGAGGUUGUGUUCAAACAUCCAACACAUGUUGCUUUUCAGCUUUCUUUUAGCUGUUCUCAUUUACUCCCAUGUAGCAGAAACACCAUGUGCAUCUUUUCAAAAUAAAAGCGUUUUUUUUCUCCAGUAAGCAAUAUAAAAGUAUCACGUUAAACUUUUAUGAAGCAAUCUAUACUGUAAAACUCGGACCUAAACUUUGUUACUUGCACCCCUUACAAAAAAUAGUUAAAGAAUCACAUCAUGAAUCUAGCAUAGUGAAUUGUAACACAAGUUUAAUGUUGCACACCUCCUUAUUUAUGCUUGGAUGAGCAGAUAAAGAUACAUUUUUGUAUUUGAUACCAAGAAGAAGUCUGAGGUUUGCUACGUUAAUAUGUGGACUAGAUGGAGCAAGGAAAAGCUAGCUUGAUGAAACAAAGAAGGAAAAACAACUUUCAGUCUUAGUGGGAGUUUUGAGCCAUAAGGUACGUUUUAUCUAAUUCCCACAACGAAUUAAAAAAACUUCUAACAAGUCAUUUUAUUGUAUUCAGUAUGUUGGUGUACCUUUUUCUCUACGCUUGCUCAAAACUGGCCAACAAAAACAGAACUUUAAAAACAUUUCUGCUUUAAAUAUGUUCAAAAAGUUCCCAAAUGCCACCGUCCUGACAGUUAAUCUCUUGACAUUCACAUCCCACAACCAUAGACUGUAUAAAAUAUGGACGUAGUAUCCGUGAUGUCACCGAUCUGUUUCUGAAGCACUGUUUUGAGGCCAAUUGGCGGCGGCAGCCAUAUUGCUGCUGUAGAGCGAUUGUGACGUGAAAAGGCGGGCUUUAUGCCUCCGAGCUAACAGCUACUUUGUUCCUGCAUGUCAGUGAAGUCAUCUGUGCCUCUCAUUGGAAGACUCGUAAUCUAAAUAUCUUCGAAAUUCGAAAAAUUCACCCUCUCUACAGUGUGUGCAGAUCAAGAAAUGAGCUAUCCAGACUACACCCGUCUUUUGAACCAGGCUGUAAACAUGUUUAUUUCUGCUGUAAAGAUCGGCUUUUUUGAAUUGGUGUGUAUGUGGUUUCUUACUUCCGGAGCCAGCCUCAAGUGGAUCCUCGAUGAACUACAGUUUUUAGCACUUCUGCAUUGGACUCAUAUUUUGAGACCGGAGGUUUCCGCUUGGCCACAAAAGAGGAAGAGGCUUUAAAAAGUUAGAGUGCUGCUCUGAGACGUGUGUUAAAUCUGCCUUUUUUUUUACUGGAGUUUGGUGUGGCUUGUCUCCCUGUAAACACAUACAGGUCUACUUCUGGGCGGGACUAAAUUUGUAUGUUUGUGUAAAGCCUUACGGCUAAAUGGUCAAGGUGAAGGCUUAUUUUCACUCAUCCUGUGACAACCUCCCUCUUCUCACUGCCCCUUGAAGUCUACAUGUGUGUGUGUAGUGUGUGAACACGCUUUGUCUUCUUCCGUUCUUUAUGUUACACAGUGUUUGGGGAUUGAUGUGACUGAAUGGUUUAACUUUAUGCCAAAUGACUGAACUGUCACUCUGCUCUCACCUAGACCUGGGCUGUGCGACAACCGCUUCUCCCUCCCCCGCAGGUUUUCACAGCCGACCAUCAACAUUUCAGCUUCCUUUUAAAACCCUCUUACUCAGUUUCUGCGGUUAUUUACAGUCUCUGACUUCACCUGGAUUAGAAAAAGUGUUCUCACAAACAGACUUGAAGGGUUUGAAGAUAAUCCUGGUUGCAGGAAGCGGCAUUUUUGAAGAAGCUUUCCUGUGAUUUUUUUUUUUUUUUGCAGCACAGAUCCAAGCUGAGGGUGAAGAAACGAGUCGAUAAUGUUUGAAAAUUCAGCUGUUUUCUAACGGAGCAGUCGGCACUAUGCAAGUACAGGGCGAUACAUCUUCACACACCAACUAUACUUAGCUGUUUGUACUAUGAUAGUAGCAACUGUGUGAGCAGUAUACUCUGACUUUUUGUAUCUUAGAUCUUCCAAAAACACCAUUUACUGUAUGUUUGUGAUUCAUUUUGCCUUUUUUUGUUCUUUCAGCACUGAUGAGCAGUCCGCUUCCUCCUCUUCUCCCUGAGCUUCAGUUGAGGGGAAGUAAACUCCAAAUCAGUGCUUUUUUUUAAUUUUCUAUCAGGGCACUUUCACCCUAAAUCUGCAAGAUACGACCGUCACUGGUUGUAGAUGAAGCUUAACACACGGAGAGCAGUCAGCAGAAUAGGAGACCUGAAUGACCCCACUGCACUUUGAACUCAACCCGCCUUCUCCUCCUUUUUUUUUUUUGUCUUUUUAAGUGUCACGUCCCACUGUGCUUUUUUUUUUUUUUUUAAACCUGCAUGUUUUUCUCGUCUUUCACGUGUAUUUAAAGAUGCUUUAAGAAGAAAACAAAAAUAUUGAACCACUUGUUUUAUUUCUUAAGCUGCAACCAGGAAACUCUAAGAUUUGAGCAUCAGUAUCCUGAAAUUAUGACUGAGUAUUAGAGCCACAUUAACAAUGGAGAAAUUUGACAUUUAAAGAAUAAAGUCAGAAUAUUAUGAGGAAAUAAUAUUAGGAGAAUAAAGUAGAAAUAUGUGAGAAUGAAGUCAUAAAAAUACAAGGAAAAAUAGUAAAUUUACAAGAAUGAAGUCAUAAUUUUACAAGAAAGUUGUAACUAUUUGGCUCAGGUUAGCCCAUACAUUUUUUAAAGGCAAUAUAACAAAACAUUGGAGCAUCUUUUGUAGUUAACAAGUCUCUUGGAUAACUAUUAACAUAAUGUCUUGUCACAGAAGUCCAACAUUGUUCUAAGAAUCUCUCUUUCCCUAAAUAUUACUGUAUUUCUUAGAUAUGAUGACUUUAUCCCUGAAUAUAAUUACUUUAUGCCCAAAAUAUUACACAUUUCUUCUGGAAUAUCACAACUAUAUUCUGGAAUAUCUCACAUUGCUUCUGGAAUAUCACAACUUUAUUCUAGAAUAUCACAACUUUAUUCUGGAAUAUCACAACUUGACUCUGGAAUAUCUCACAUUUAUUCUGGGAUAUCACAACAUUAUUCUGGAAUAUCUCACAUUUAUUCUGGAAUAUCAAAACUUCUUUCUGGAAUAUCACAACAUUAUUCCAAACAAAUUACUUUGCUCCCCAAAUAUUAUGACUUUAGUCCCAACAAUACUAUAUCCCUGGACUGUGAUCAAUUUAUUUCCAAAAAAUUAGGACUUUUCUCUUGAUUUUUUUUUUCCCAUAAUAAAAAAAAACUGAUGCCUUGUUCUUGUUAUAAAAUGACUUUAUUUUGGGAAUAUUUUUACCUUACUUUCAUAAUAUUACCCCCUUUUUUUAAAUUAAACUAGAUGUUUUUUCUUGUAAUAUUGCGUCUUUAUUCUUGAAAUCUCAGAUUUUUCUCCCUACAAUGUGGCUCCAAUACUCCAUCAAAUGUUUUUUUUUUUAAUCUAAGUGUUUGGUCCCUGGAGCUUCCUGUGAGUAUGAAGAACCCGUCUUCUUCUAAAGCCUUACUCCCCUGACUGGCGUUCAGGUUUCCACAGCGGCUGACUGACCUCCUCUUCCUUGUCGUAUCAAGGCUCGCCUUCUUUUUUCUGCUGUUGAGGAUGAUGAUGUACUUGGUGUGUGCGUGCCUGUGUGUGCGUGUGUGUGUGUGGGUGUCAUGUUGUUACCAGACCUGGAACUAAUACCAUUUACAACCCUAUUAAAAACUCUUCUCUGAUUGAUUAAUGUUUGCUAGCACAGCAGCUCCCCUCCCCUGAACCCUUAAAGGCAAUCCAGGCAGGCAGAAGCAAUCAAUCGUCGAUAGUGUCUUUGAUAGGAUUUUGAAUGCUGUUUGCUCCCAGAUCUGUGUUGUAUAUUGUAUAUGAAACACACUUUUGGACUCAUAUGUAAAUUUGCAUUAAUUGCUGACUAACAGCGAAAGAAUAUUCUAUUUAAUUCCUUCUCUCUUGGCUGUGGGAUCCUAGAUGUUUAACUGCAUGGAUGUACUGUAUCUCUGCAGAGUCAACUAGCAGCUGUGUGAUUUUUACACAAAAAUAAAAACGGCACAAUAUUUUAAACA